AUGACUGCUCAAAACCUUGUCUCCAAUAUUCACUCUCAUCUAAAACGGGCCACCGAGUUCCUGGUGGUGUUUGUCUUCUUCACAAACUUCACGUUUAUCCCGCUGUUGUAUUUGCUCCUCUUUUGUUACACUGUGUUGUUCACGUCGCUGUGGUGGAUAGCGUUGCUCUACGGGGCUUAUAUUUACGUCCAAGCGGGACAAUCCGAACUCCCGAAGAGCGAACCAAAUGAGGCGCUGAGGAAUCAUUGGUUUUGGAACCAUUAUGGCGACUAUUUCCCCGUGAAGUUGCAUAAAACCGCGGAUUUGCCCAAGGACAAGAAUUAUCUGUUUGGGUAAGAGGUUUUUUGGUUUUUUAUGGUCCAGUUUAGGGUGAAAACUAUGUUGGAAUACCUAAUUUUGAGUGUUAUAGGGAGAAAAAGCGAUCUUUUCGAAUUUUAGGUACCUAAAUUUUAAGUGCAAUAAAAAAUAAGUAUUGAAGUAGAUUUUUUGAUUUUUCUAGGUGAUGCAAGCUUUACUGAUUGUUUUAUAAGAAGUUUACUUCAUCAAAAUGUAGAUCUUAUCGGAUUUUAUCAAUAUUUUUAUAUUGCACUUGGUAUGAAAUCAAAAUUUUCGUCAAAACGCCUCAAUUUUUAGCUGGCAUCCCCAUGGAAUCCUCGGAUUUGGCGCUGGUGUGACGAUUUGUGGCCGCGGACCGGAAUUCAUUCGUCUUUUCCCCGGGAUCACCCGUCAUGUUGCAACACUCGACGUUCAUUUCCUCCUCCCAUUCCGGCGAUGGCUCAUGGAAGCGGUUGGGUUUAUUCCGGUCAGCUUCAAGUCGUUGGUCUACAAACUCUCCAAAGAGAGCGGCGGGAACGCGGUGAUUGUGGCGAUUGGCGGGGCGGAAGAAGCGCUGGAAGCCCAUCCAGAUGUGUAUAGGCUGUGCUUGAACCGACGGAAGGGCUUCGUCAGGGUGUGUCUGGCCACCGGCGCUCAUUUGGUCCCGGUCUACGCAUUCGGAGAGACCAGCACCUACGACCAAGUCCGGAAUCCUCAGGGCUCGAGGUUGAGAAAUUUCCAAGAAGCGGUCAAGAAAUACACUGGAGUGAGUCCUCCAAUUGUGUUUGGCACUAGUUUGAUCCCAUUUGUGCCAGGGAUGUUGCCAAGAAGAGCGGAGAUCAAUGUCGUCUGUAAGUCAUGGAAUUUUUAUAACGCUUUUUCAAAAGUGCGUAGACGGUUUCGUCGUCGGAAAGAAAGAUAAGAAAAUGCGUUUCAUCGGAUAGUGACAUUUCGUUUUGAACGAAUCACCAAAAAGGGGCGGGAAAUUUUUUCUUCUAUUUUGGAUUGACGUGCACUGUGCACAAAACCGUGCAAUCGGCUUGUUUGAGGUUUGCACGGUGCGCAAAGGCAAAAAUCCGCAGUGCGUUGGCGACAAAAGUUCAAGAUGCACAGCGCGAAAAAAUGUCCAGGCACUUUGUGAAAAUGCUAAUAGGCAACUUUUGGGAGAUGUUUUAAAAGGGCUAGAACUCAAAAGCUGAUGCUCUAAAGAGUAUAAAAUCCUCUUUCUUAAUGUAGACAUAUAUGUUUUUGUCUGUUUUCCGUCUGUCUAACAGAAAUUUUAGGUUUGUUUUUCAAGAAAAGUGCAAAAGUUGGGAUUGAAAUUUGAUGGGAAGUCAGAAAAUUUAGAAAUUUCUCCACUUGCGAGAUGGCCGCAGGCAAAUUUUAGCAAAUCGGGGAAAAUUUUAAGCAAAUCGGAGCAUUAGUCUUUGAGAUUUAUCAACUUUUUUCCAUCAACCUUCAUGGAUAACAUAAAAUAAAAUAAUUUUCUUUUCAGUCGGAGCCCCCAUUCCAAUUGAGAAGACGGAAAAUCCCAGCAAGGAAAAGAUCGAUGAGCUGCACAAAUUGUACGAAGACAAGUUGGUGGAGCUGUUCGAAGCCAACAAAUUGAAGUACGGCGUGGACAAGGACGCUCAUUUGGAAUUUUAUUAG